ACGCACGCGUUACGGACGGACUGCGAUUAUUCACGGUGUCGCCCAGAGCUACCCUUCCAUACGAAUCGCGAACAUCGAUACCCUUACGCCCCAUGCCGCCGAAAUAAUUGCGCGUCGCAGCAACCGCCCACGUCCACCUUUACACAGCAACAACCAGCGCGACUGCGGGGCUCCGCCAUCAGCUGUUGGCCUCGUCUGGCCUCCAGAUACGAUUUCACGACCCAAAAUUACGAUAUCGAGACGUUAGUUGGCCCUACAGCUGCCCAGUAACGCGCCACGACAUCGCCACAACACGCUCCAAUAAGACUACAUGAAAGCGCUUUCGCGGCGACAACUGCUCAUGUACCGAGUAAUCUAGAACUCUCACCGUACCUGGGUUGCGACACUGGCGUAUCUCGUUUCCAAACUGGCGACCGCCGUCUCCUUCGCCAUGGCAGAGCCGGGCAGGCUGGUGGGCCAGACAGCUCCCAGCGCUGAGCCAGAAGACAUCGAUGCGGACGGGGAGUAUGAGAUGGACGAUGUACAAUACGAGCAGGAGCCAGCGGCGGCCGACACGCCAGAUGCCGAGGGCCACACCACAGACGCCGAAGGCUCAGAAGUCGAUGCGGAGGGCGAAGAGGUGGACGACGACGAGGUCGAAGCUGUGGGUGCUGUCAAGAUGCGCGCAAACGCGUCCUCAGAUGAAGAGGAGGACGAAGACAACGAUCCAGAUGCUGUCGUGGAGUCCGAAUCAGACGCCAAGACCUAUAGCGAAGAUGACGAAUCAGAAAGCUCCGAAGAAGAGGAGGAGGUUGUAUACCAGGACGAGAGCGAAGAGGAAGCAGGGGCCGACGUCGCUGAGAGGGAUCCCAACGUGUGCAUAUACUGCAAUCAGACCGAGGACAAUGAUCCAAGCCCGGAAUACGAAGAGUAUCUUGCGUGCUCUGUGUGCGGCGACAAUUCACAUCGGCAAUGCGCCCGCGACGCUAAUACGCUUAGCCCCGAAGAUGAUGGAAAGCGGUGGCGUUGCAGCGCCUGCAUCCAAAAUGACGUCCACCGCCAGAAUGACGAAGAAGAAGAGACACGGAAGUCAGAAUCACUCACUCGCCGCAGACUAUCAUCCGUACCCAGACUUGCUAGGGACUUGCUUCCUUCAGCUCGAGGUGUAGACCCUAGCGGGCACUCCAUCUUCAAGGAGCUGAUUCUUCCUGACGAUGCACCAGACGGUACACGAUCGUUGCGGAAACGCAAAGCGUCACACGAAGAGGAAACGGCAGCACCAGUACCAUCACGGCGGUCCCAAACGAAGCGUAGGCCUUCUGAGGUCUCGAAGUCAGAAGCAGCACCAUCAGUAGCACCAUCGUCCCCACGGCCAUCUGCGAGAAAUGCUCUGACAGAUGUCGACACCGAUGGAGAUGCACAACAUACUGCAUCAGAUCAGGAAGGAGCGCGUCUCCGAUCUUCACGCGCACGUCGCUCUGCGAAGCCUCAGAGAAAGGACAAGAGACCUCUCGUAUGGAUAGAGGAGUCCCAAGGCCUUAGUCUCGUUGUUGCUUUUCAUCUUACUAACGAGAAGGUGCAAAAGAUUGUCACGCAGAAGCCGAAGAAGAAGGUCUUGACACUGGAGCAAGAACGGCAAGAGCGGCGGCGAGAACGAGACAAAGAAAGGCGUGAACGCAAUCGACAAGCAGCGCAGGCAGCCAGAGAGUCGCCCGAGAUUGCUCAAUACCCCUCAGUGCAACACCACUUCAGUGCGCCAUUCCUAGGCCUCACAGAGAAGGAGGAUGAGACCAAGAGCAAGCCUUAUGGCGGUGUACUGUCAGAAGCUGAUGCAGAUACCUCCAAGACUUAUCCUUCACAGGCGGACAGAAAGCGCUUCGAAGACGCACGUGUGAAGGCAGAGGAGGCCUGGAAAGAGAAACAGGCCGCCCUGUAUUCUCACCACGAGACUGCGAAGCCAUCCAAGCAGGCUGCUGCAGCAAGCAAGAUCAAGUGUGUCAACUUUGGAGGAUGGGAAAUUGAGACAUGGCAUGCUGCACCAUACCCUGAGGAGUACAGCAAGAACCGAGUGUUAUAUAUUUGCGAAUUCUGCCUCAAGUACAUGAACUCUGACUACGUCGCGUGGCGUCACAAGCUCAAGUGCCCGGCCAAGCACCCUCCUGGUGACGAGAUCUACCGCGAUGGCAAAUACUCCUUCUUCGAAGUUGAUGGUCGAAAGAACCCAGUGUACUGCCAGAACCUUUGUCUUCUCGCCAAGCUAUUCUUGGGUUCCAAGACGCUCUACUACGAUGUGGAACCCUUCUUGUUCUAUGUCAUGACGGAGAACGACAAUUAUGGCUGCCAUUUCGUUGGCUACUUCUCGAAAGAGAAGCGGCCCAGCUCGCUCAACAACGUGUCUUGUAUCCUUGUGCUACCGAUACACAUGCGCAAAGGUUACGGGCAGUACCUGAUAGAAUUCUCCUACCUUCUCACGCGAGUGGAGAGGAAGACUGGAAGUCCAGAGAAACCACUCAGUGACAUGGGUCUUGUGAGUUAUCGGAAGUACUGGCGGCUGCUGCUCUGCCAGGAGCUACUAGAGCAAAAAGGACCCAUCAGCAUCGCAGCCAUCUCUGAGCGCACUGGUAUGACGCCCGACGACAUUGUGUCCGCCUUGGAGGGUCUCCGCGCCCUUGUCCGUGAUCCUGUCACCAAGAAGUACGCCUUCCGGUUGGACCUCAACUACUUCAGAACGUACAUCGAGAAGUGCCACGCGGCUGGCAACCCGACUAUCAAGCCUGAGUGUCUCGUCUGGACGCCGUACGUCAUGGGUCGCUUUGGCCAGUACGAGGAUGGGCCUGCGUUGCAAACAGUGCAGCAGCGUGAUGAGGUGGAAGAAGAGGACAAGCCUGCACCCGAAGAGGGUGUGCAGAUGGAUGCUGUUGUUGCGAAAGCGAACGGUACACCACUCGAAGAGACUGGCCCCAGUGCGGACGAACCUGAUCUAGGGCCUGACAUCCCUCUCGAAGACUCUGUCGAUGAUGGCUCUCCAGCACCGCCCGGCACUGGCACCGGCACCCCUCUGGCAAACGGGUCUACGAUAGCACUCGCAGGGUCCGCGAUCACUAGUAAUGAACCCGCCAUACCACCCACACGCUACGAGAUCUUCCCGCCGAUCCCAGGGCAGCCUGCUACGAAGCGCCGACCCGGUCGACCCUUCGGCGCACGACGGCGGACAAGCACACCGAACAGAGUUCGCAACACAUCACUUUCGAUACACACCGCGCCGGUGUCAAGGAUACAGCUCUCCCCUAUCAGAUCGCGCAGAGACUCGCCGACACGGAACGGCGCAAGGAUGCCUGCAACCAUCUCCGCCCGACGUACACGCAGCAGACUCGGCGAAAGCGUCACAAAUGGCGACGACCUCGACGAAGGCGGUGAAGUCAAGGCUGUAGUCACAAACGGCAGGAGAAGUACAAGAAGCUCCGCCAGCUCCGGAGGUAGUCCACGAGUUAUCGUUAACAGCAGCAGCAGGAGCAAGGACAAGGUCAUGCCGGUUGAAGAAGAACAGGAAGAGCUCGAGGACGUAGACGCUGAUGGGGACUAUGACGAUGAAGCUGAGGAGGAGAUGGAUGUCGAUGCUGAAGGGGAAGAGGAUGAUGAUAUUGUCAUGGGUGAGGCAUAGUGUGCUGAGCUUUCUGCAUUGGUGGCCUAGGACGGCCCAUGCUGAGCGUGCAGCAUUGCUGGAUUGGGAAUGAUUGUAUUUGUAGCGAUGGGCGUUUUUGGGCGCCAUUUCUGUCAAGCCCAAUUCUUUGUCAAUCUAGGCUGGAUUGGGCAUUGUAGCAUUAGCUUCUUCGACUUGACUUACUAUAGGGAGAUACCUUG